AUGCUCGUUGAACGAUUAAAUGCUAAAAUAUUAAUCAAAAAAGAGUGCGAAGUAAAAGGCAAAAAUCUUUUGUUAUUCGAGGAGUGGUACGGCAACCCAGGCCGGCAAUGGUUACCGGUCGUCGAACCCGAGGUACGCGGGAUCGAGCGCUUCCUACCCGCCCAGCCGAUCGACCUCAUCCGACAAGGGAAAUUCCACAAGGUUCCCUUCAUCACCGGCGUGACCAGGGACGAGUUCGAGUACAAAGUCAUCGGGAUGAUCGAGCAGGCCAAGAGCGGGAACGACUCCAUGUUCCGGGAUCUGAACGACAGGUGGGAAAAAUUGGCACCCAUAAAUUUCUACUACGAGCGCGGGGGCGAUCGGUCCAAGGAGAUAAGCCGCAAGCUCAGAGAGUUCUACUUGCAAGGGAAGCCCGUCGGUGCCGACAGUUCUGAGGGACUUGCCCACCUCUUUGCCGACAGUGGUGUUGGAUAUCCAGUGCACAAGCUGGUCCACACGGUGGCCAACGCCUCGGACCAACCGGUCUAUUAUUACGAGUUCACGUACCAGGGCCCCUACAGUCACGUCGUUUGGAACAGCACCAACAAGCCCUACGUUUUGUAUCAUAUGUGCAUACAAUAG